CAGGCUCUACACUCACAGUGAGGAGCCCGACCCAGGGCUCGAUCUCACAACUGUAAGAUCAUGACCUGAGCCAAAAUCAAGAGCUGGACGCUCAACUGACUGAGUCCCCCAGGCGCCCCCAGUCAUAUUUGCAAAUGCAGACGUAGCAAGCAUCUUUUUCUCUCAAACAGUCCUUACUCUUCAUUUCAGCCCAAGACAGCAGAAGUGGAGUCUUUUCAAGGAUGCGAUUAGAGUUUUAAAUUUAAAAUGCCACCAUCUGUUCUUUCCUCACACGGGAGACAAUAACUAAGUCGGCCUCAAGGCCACGUCCAAACGCUCAGGCCUCAUUUUGAGCCCAAACAUACUAAUGUAAUUUCUGUUGUAGUUUUGAGUCGGGUGCCCUGAAAUGGACUUUUCCUCUUUGUAUCAAAGCGGCUGGAAAACAUACGCGUGUUGUGACUAGGACAUCUAUGUUACUGGCCAGUCGGACAGUGUUCAAAUUCAAAGUUACUCUGCUAUUGAAGCCUAGAAGGAAAGAAAUUCAAGCGGUGGUGAUAAGAAGGCACCUGGAGCUGAAGACAUGAGCCAGCUGCGGGCCACGAAGCCCGGACUCCUCGUGUGCACAGCUGUGUGCGUGUGCGUUUUUCUUUAUUUAAGGGAUCCACCUCCGGAGGAACCAGAGGAGUCCACCUAUCCAUCAGCGGUGGAAUGUGGCUUUUAUCCAGAUGAACUGUGUUCAGCUUUGUUUGAAGGGAAAGAGGCCGCCCCCCAAAUUGCAACUUUUUGUAACAACCCUCAUGGUUCUCAAAUACUUGCUCACUUGCGCACACCAGGAAACUGCUCCAGGAUUUCCCAGGAGGUGCAGCUCAUAACCAGACCCUUGUCUGCAGAAGAGGGCAACUUCUCUUUGGCAUAUAUCGUGACUACUCACAAGGACCUGGCUAUGUUUGUGCAGCUGCUCAGGUCUAUUUACGUGCCUCAAAACCUUUACUGUAUUCAUGUUGACAAAAAGGCCCCAAAGAAGUAUAAGAGUGCUGUGCAAACCCUGGUGAACUGUUUUGAAAAUAUUUUUGUUUCAUCAAAGAGAGGAAGAGUGGCCCACACUGGCUUUACAAGACUGCAGGCAGAUCUUACUUGUAUGAGAGAUCUGGUCCGUUCCAAAUUUCAGUGGAACUAUGUCCUUAACCUUUGUGGACACGACUUUCCAAUCAAAACCAACAAAGAAAUCAUACGCUACAUCAGGAGCAAAUGGACUGAUAAAAACAUCACUCCUGGAGUAAUGCAACCACCACACGUUGCAUCCGAGACAAAUGGAAGUCGUCUUGAAUUCACCCCUGAAGGAAGUAUCUACGGAUCUCCAAACAGGAGAUUCAAAGAUGAACCACCCCAUAACUUAACAAUUUAUUUUGGAAGCGCUUACUACGUACUAACGAGGAAGUUUGUAGAAUUUGUACUGACGGACAUCCGCGCAAAAGACCUGCUCCAGUGGUCCAGAAACAUCCAGAGCCCAGAACAGCAUUACUGGGUGACUCUGAACCGACUGAAAGAGGGCUGUUAUGGAGAAACCCAACAUCAUCAUGCCAAGGGCACACUAGGUGCGCUCAGGAAGUUACCAGGGAUGGAGACGGGGAUGAAAACGAAAGCCGGAACACAAGACCUUGGCCACGGCCGCCGCCCGCCCCCAAAGCGUAGCCUUUCAGCAGAUGACAAGCAAGCACUUGCAGCAGGAUGCCCCGGGAGCCACACCUGACGCUGGCUGGGAAGGAGACAUUCGAGCCAUUAAAUGGAGGAACGAGGAGGGAAGUGUUCACGAUGGAUGUAAAGGUAAAACUCGAACCAAAGCAAAAGCAAAAGCCUUCCAAUUUUAUGAAAACUAUACAACUGCUGCCUCGAUAGCAUCGGGAGACGAUCGUUAGCAGAAGUAGUGAAGGGAUUCGUGAGUUUGCAAUUACAUGGGGCAAUUUUUUUUCAAACUUCUUAUUUGUAAUAUCUAGACAGAAAAGCUCACAAAUCGUUAAGUACUUGGGUUGAUAAAUUUUCACAAAAUGAACACACAACUCGGCUGCAACUUUACAAGUUUUAAGAUAAAAAUACACAAGCUGGCGGGUUUCUUCCACCUGCCCCUAGAACUCAAACUUAAACAUUUAUUUUAAAAAAGCUCUGUGUCUCCCUGGACCUCUGCCAGAGCAGACAAGUGAGAAAUGCAGGCGAUCAAUCGAUCGAUCCAGAGCUCAGAGGUUGGCAGCAAACUCUUGCUGAGGGGAAGGUCUUUCUGCUUUGCCCUCAGGAGACUCUCCCUGGGAGCUGUGACUUCUUUUGCCCCUUUGUCUGGUGUCCCGGUGGCUUUAGUUACCAGGACAAUACAGAACAGACUGGGGGUGGGGACGUCAGUGCCCCUCUUUGGUGAAAAGGCUGGAAAAGCAGCAGCUGACUGCAGACUCAGGCACAGCCCCUGGGAGAAAAUGCCUAGGGAGUGGGAGACCCAGAACCGGCCUCUGGUCCUGCCAUUCACGCCUACUCUCCCCACCGCUCUCCCCCCCCCCCCCCACCCGCGGCCCAGGGUGAGAUGGCUGAGACGAGCAGAGGUGACGGGAGAACAGUCACAGCGCCAUGCGGACACGUCCGGGAGGGAGAGGUGUGAACGCUCUGGGAGCCCACGAGGAAAGAAAAACAAGGUGCCUGAUCUUUACGGGCCGCAAACUGUGCUGGACAGAGAAGGCAGGAAGAGCGGGGCAGCCGUGUGUGCAGGUGGCUGGGGCACAGCAUCCUCUCUCCCAGGCAUGUGGCCUGGCCUUUCUGUCUACACACAGCUUCCCAACCACCCCAGAAAAUACCGCACAGACGCAACCACUGAUUUUAAUAGCGCGUCUAGGCGUGGGCCCUCGGGCUUGAGUCACAGUAGAUCAGAAAUACAAAAUCAACCAGGUUCACCCAGUUUCCCAGCCGUUUAAAGGACUGAUCUCAAAGAAACAGGUUGCAGACAAAUUAAAAAAUGUAAAACCCAAUACCAGAGAAUAACUCAAAGACCAGCAACUCCCGGGGCCAUGUACACAGCCACUCUCCUGACAGGUACCAGGUCGGAAGGGCUGGAAUAAUUUUCUAGUGUUUUCAAUAAAUAGUUUAGCCAUGAUUCAAUUAGGGGGCUCUUCACACAAUAAGAAGGUGACAGUUACACAGGCUAAGAAGCAACCCUGGCCUUUCUUUAGAAAGCAGGGCUCACUGCCAUUACACACUGGGGUUGACAAGACCGGUGAAUAAAUGCUCACGAAAGACCGGGGUCGGGGCUCAGAUGCUUCCUGAAAACAUGAUUCACUCACAGAGUAAGAAGUCAUGAAGGGUGGCUGCUACCAAUAAUACAGUCAUGAUUUAGAAUUCUUAUAACGACAACCUGAAUAUUUCCAUAUUCCGUAAAUCUUAACAAAAGUCACUGUUGCCCCAAAGCGAACACUUCAGCAAGUUCUUGCCGCUGCUCACUUCAGACUGCAAACUGUCCACUAGGAAAGCAGCGAGACAAGUGGCCGCCACGAGUCAGCCCCCGCCUUAGGCCGAGCCCUGGCAGUGACCGGGGUAGAACCUUCCGGAGCCCUGCGCUGGGCCCGCAGUCAAUCCUCACAAUGACUCUCAGGUACUCACUAUCGUAUUCACACCUCACAGAUGAGGAACCCCAGGCUCAGAGAAGUGAGGUCACCCCCGGUGUCACAGGAAGCAGCACAGGAAGUGGCAGAGCUGGGUCUCUAAGCAGGUGCCGCUGUCUGCUGCCCCUCCAGUGGACGAGCAUGCACAGAGUGACGGUCGUCCCGCUGUCACCAGCAACAAAGAGUUUUGUUUACUUGUAAUCACCCAAACGGCACGAAUCCAACUCUGAGGACUUUCCACAGGCCUGUGCCCCCUUCCUGGCUCACAUUCACGCGUACAGACAGUAGAGACCAUCCAGCUACCACCGAGGUGCAGCUGAAUCUCCUUUCACUACGUCCUACGCUGUUCACGCAGCGUGUCUCCACAGUCGUACUUUCCACCUGGUUCAGUGUAAUUCUAUUGAGAGUCUGUGACACUGUGCCAAGAACGUCUACCGGUGAGAAAGAUGUCAGUCGUGACAAGAGCCGCCGCUUACAGAGUGCUUACUCCGCCUGGCCCUUUACCAGAUGAAUGCGUGCUCACUGGGGGAAGGGUCUUUCCACCUUGUCCCAGUCUUACACACAGCACUGGACGGUUCUACGCGUGCAGUUCCGCCCCUUUUCUGUAUUUCCCUCAGAUGGGCUUUCAGAAGUAGGAUCGAUGGGCUGGCGUGGAGAGGAAAGCAGGGCGGAGCUGAGCAGAGACAAGGUCUCCAAAGUGGAUCGACCUCUGCCUCACUCCUCUGUGAACCGAACCGGAGGUGGUAACGAAGCACCUUGCAGCACUGGCCGGGGGGGUUAACAGAGAAAGGAGGAAGAGCUGAGUGCAGCGUCAGGCACCUAACGUGUGCUGCUGAGUUCGUCGCGAAGGAACCCAGCACUGGAGUCGACCCAUGAUUCCAAUUUUAAUGACUUCUAUCUGUAUCAAACGCUCACUCUGCACGGGCAAGAGAAGGCCGAAGCAAUGCCACAUUAACACCGACGCAAUUCCUGCAAACUCCCCACAACCAAGGAAAACAAACGUUCGUGGGGCCCAGUUCAGAAUUUAGACUUGGCCCGGCAAAUGCAUGCUAAGACGUCUCCCCUGUGCUCGUGACUAACGAACAUUCCACAGUGUCCCCUUAAACAAAGUAGCCAUUAAACAGAAAGAAUGAAAGUGUCCCUGCCGCCAUAGAUUCAAAACCCAACCCAGAAGCCCCAAUCGGAGCAAUCGCGGAGAUCAUGUUUAGUCUGACCUCCCGUGAAGCAGGGGCCUUCCCGAUGACCUUGGAAGAGCAUCACUUUUUGGUGUGAACGUAAACUGACGAGACAAAGGCACUAGGUUUUUGUGCUUCUUUCUACAGGGCGCUACGUCCACGAGAGCUGCGUGUAUGGACCAGGAGACCUGCCGUGGAUCAUUCGGUCGCCUUCUCUGUUUGCCAGCAAAGUGGACUCGACAGACCCCCUGGUGGUCACGUGCCUGGAGAGGCGGCACAGGCU